GAAGGCGGGACUUCCGGCAGCACCAUAUUUUCUUUCCGGUUGUUAGCUCCUGCCGGCCCCUCCCUGACUGGGCCCUGCGCCCCCCGCCCCCGCGGCCCCCUGCCGCUGGGCCCGCCACCACCAUGAAGAAAUUCUUCCAGGAGAUCAAGGCCGACAUCAAGUUUAAGAGCGCGGGGCCCGGUCAGAAGCUCACAGAGUCGGUGGGGGAGAAGGCCCCCAAAGAAAAGCCCAACCAGCCGGCGAUCCGGCAGCCCCGCCAGGGACCCACUGAUGAGGCGCAGAUGGCGGCCGCGGCAGCCCUGGCCCGGCUUGAGCAGAAGCAGCCCAGGGCGCGGGGCCCCACGUCGCAGGACUCCAUCCGGAACCAGGUGAGAAAGGAACUUCGAGCUGAAGCGACUAUCAGUGGGAACCUGGACGCCCUGGGGACCAACACGGUGCCUGAGUCCAAAGAAGGCUCGACCCACCUGGCGGUGCCCGGAGUGUACUUCACCUGCCCGCUCACAGGGGCCAUCCUGAGGAAGGACCAGCGGGACACCCGCAUCAGAGAGGCCAUUCUCUCGCACUUUUCCACCGACCCGGUGGCUGCCUCCAUCAUGAAGAUCCACACCUUCAACAAGGACCGGGACCGGGUGAAGCUGGGCGUGGACACCAUCGCCAAGUUCCUCGGUGCCCUCGGGGGGAGGCAGGUCAGAGGAGGAGGCCCAGCCUCAGCAGCACCAGGGGCUGGGUAUCCAAGGUACCUAGACAACAUCCACCUGCAUCCCGAGGAGGAGAAGUACCGGAAGAUCAAGCUACAGAACAGGGUGUUCCAGGAGCGCAUUAACUGCCUGGAAGGGACCCACGAGUUUUUUGAGGCUAUCGGCUUCCAGAAGGUGUUGCUUCCAGUCCCUGACCAGGAGGGCCCUGAAGAGUUCUACGUGCUGAGCGAGGACGCCCUGGCCCAGCCCGAGAACCUGGAGCAGCACAAGGAGCAGCUGCUGCGCGCCGAGCCCGUGCGGGCCACGCUGGCCCGCCAGCGCCGCGUCUUCCGGCCCUCACCCCUGGCCUCCCAGUUUGACCUGCCUGCAGACUUCUUCACCCUCACAGCCGAGGAGAUCAAGCGGGAGCAGAGGCUCCGGUCGGAGGCCGUGGAGCGGCUGAGCGUGCUGCGGACCAAGGCCAUGCGCGAGCGGGAGGAGCAGAGGGAGCUGCGCAAGUACACGUACACGCUGCUGCGCGUGCGCUUCCCCGACGGCUGCCUCCUCCAGGGGACCUUCUAUGCCCGGGAGCGGGUGGCGGCACUGUACGGGUUUGUCCGGGAGGCCUUGCAGAGCGACUGGCUGCCUUUUGAGCUGCUGGCCUCAGGCGGGCAGAAGCUGUCCGAGGAUGAGAACCUGGCCUUCAAUGAGUGCGGGCUGGUGCCCUCAGCCCUCCUGUCCUUCUCGUGGGACGCGGCGGUGCUGGAAGACAUCAGGGCCGCGGGGGCCGAGCCAGACUCGUCUAUCCUGAAACCUGAGCUCCUGUCGGCCAUUGAGAGGCUCUAGUGAAAUAAAAGCAGGGUUGGCUUUAG